UCCUGAUUCGCCACAUCCUGUGCGUCUCUGUCCUUCAGGCCCAGACCUCCUCCAUCCGCAGAGCGGGAGCCCUCAGAGCAGACGCCAUGACGUCCAUCCUCUCUGCUCUUCUCUGCCUCGGGCUGAGUCUGGGCCUGAGGACCCAUGUGAAAGCAGGGACCCUCCCCAAACCCGCCCUCUGGGCUGAGUCAGGCCGUGUGAUCCCUUAUGGGAGCUCUUUGACACUCUGGUGUCAGGGGAACCUGAAGGCUCAGGAGUACCGUCUGUAUGCAGAUGGCAGUCCUCGGUAUUUGGACACAGAGAAACUACUGGAGCCUGGAUACUGGGCUAAGUUCCUCAUUAAAGGAAAUUAUGCUGAGAGAUACACUUGUAACUACCUAAGCCCCAGGGGCUGGUCAGAGCGCAGUGACCCCCUGGAGCUGGUGGUGACAGGACUCUACAGCAAACCCAGCCUCUCAGCCCUGCCCAGCCCUGUCCUGCCCUCAGGAGGGAACGUGAUCCUCCAGUGUGGCUCAUUGCAGCCAUUUGACAGGUUCCUUCUGACUAAGGAAGGAGAUCACAGGCUCUCCUGGACCCUGGAUUCACAGCACAAGCCCAAUAGAGGGUACCAGGCCCUUUUCCCUGUGGGCCCCAUGACCCCAGGCCACAGAUGGAUGUUCAGAUGCUAUGGCAAUUUUAGGAGGUAUCCCCAGAAGUGGUCUGACCCUAGUGACCCCUUGGAUCUAACAGUCUCAGGCUCUGAGGAUCGGUCUCUCCCACCCACAGAGUCAGGCACACAGACGGGUAAGUGAGUGGCUCUGUGGGGAAGUGGUUGGAGCCGCCACAGGGACAGCGGCUGAUUCAUGCAGGGAUUCAGGCCCCUCUGAAGUCUCUCACUUGGACCUGCCCUUCCCCUGUCUGGGCCUCAGUGUCUCCAGGUGUAAAAGGAGAGAGUCCUUGUCCAGAGCUUAGAUUUCCUGUCAGUUCUGGCCCUGACCUCCUGGGAGAGGGCCUCACAGGGAAGCUCCCAGGACAUGAUGUUAUGGGGCCUGUCCCCUCUGUCUCAGUGACGGUGACACUGUACAGGGAGGGACAGGCAGGACAAGGGUCUAGGUACCCAAUCCUCCCCCUCAGCUCAGGCUCAGCUCAGAGGAGGGAACAGGGUGGAUCAGCCCUGGGUCAGCUCCUGGCUCUGCUGCUCUUGCUGAGGGCCUAGGCAGUCUCUUCUCUGCUCUGAGUGUUGGGUUCCUGUCUGCUCAACCCUGGUCCCAUCCUGCUCACAGGCUGCUGGGAGAUGAGGUGACAUAAGG